AUGGAUCUCUUCCCGCGGGAAAACGAUGCUCUGAAAGUCAAUCCCUCGACUGGAGCUGACCUGGCUCUUUCGGAACACGGAUCUGACUGGCUUUGGGCUGUCACGGCCGUCUACAUACUCUCCUUCUUUGUCUGCUUGGUCCCCUCCUUCACAGCCCCGGAGAGCAAAAGAGUCUUCAAUUACACUUUGUCCACAGCACUUCUGGUUGGGGCAGCGACAUACUAUGCUCAAGCUUCCGACCUGGGCUGGACAGCUCUCGAACAGGCCAACCAGCUGACCCGACAGAUCUUCUAUGCAAGGUACAUUAACUGGGUUGUCUCGUUCCCGGCGUUGAUCUUGUCGCUUGGUCUCUUAUCAGGCAUCUCGUGGACCACCAUCAUCCUGAAUAUUGUACUCUCAUGGUUCUGGGUCAUCACCUACCUUGUUGCCGCUUAUACCGCCACCAGCUACAAAUGGGGCUUCUUCGCUUUCGGCACCUUCGCCUACGUCAUUGUCGCAAUGAGCACUAUCAAUGAGAGCCGUGAGUCAGCGCAAGUCCUUGGCAUCGGUCGCCACUAUAUCAUCCUGUCUGGCUGGGUCAACUUGAUGUGGCUGCUAUAUCCUGUUGCAUUCGCAUUGAGUGAUGGUGGUCAUGUUAUUGGCGUCACCAGUGGUUUCAUCUUCUUCGGUAUCCUCGAUAUGCUCCUCUUGCCAGUGGCGGCGGUCGGCUUCCUGGCCCUAUCACGCAACUGGGAUUUUGCGAUGCUGCAGCUCGACUUCAGCGAGUACCGCGGCGUCCGUGGUGUUGAGAACUUGUCGGACAAGGGUGGUCGCUCUACUACUGGUGUCGAUAACUCCUCCGGCUAA